GCUCUCGUUACGGCGCCGGAACGGGGUAAUGUAGGUCCGUAAAUGAAGCCACAGGGGGGACCUCGCCUUCAGCUACCAGCCCCCAUGUACCGGCACAACAUCAUUGGACAAUAUCGGGUGCAUUUAUGGGGGGGUACCUAGGUCGACGAGUAAUAUCCCUAAGUGGUUAGUUUGAGGUACUUGGGCCUGGAAUUUCGACAGCUUCUUAUCGCCUUUCUUUUCCCUUUCUCUUAUCGCCUUCCCUUUUUUUUCUGUUGGCGAAUCUCAGCUCCCUCCCUACCGGCUUCAUCGACUUUUCUCCUUCAACCCACAACUUCCCACACACCUCCGCAGGGCGAGCCAACGCAAGGAACCCUGCACCGUCGCGAUGUCUGCCAACCAAGACCAAAGCGCUGCCUGGCCUGUGGCCGACCAGGGCCUAACCCAAGAAAUCCUCGACCUCGUGCAGCAAGCCAGCCAUGCUCGCCAGCUCAAGAAGGGGGCCAACGAAGUCACCAAGACCCUGACGCGAGGCAUUGCCGAGGUUGUCGUUCUCUCCGCCGACACCACGCCGCUCGCGAUCCUCCUCCACCUACCACUGCUUUGCGAAGACAAGAAUGUGGUAUACGUAUAUGUCCCUAGCAAGAUUGCCCUGGGGCGUUCCUGCGGCGUCAGCCGUGCUGUCAUCGCGGCAUCAAUCACCACCAACGAGGCCAGCGAUCUCUCGAACCAGAUCCGGAGCUUGAAGGAUAAGAUCGAGCGCCUCAUGAUCUAAGAUACCCUAGAGUCGGAAAAGGAAUUCGGGGUGUUGAAUGACAUGGGAAGAUGCGGUGGCUGUGAAAGCCACCGGUAGGUAGUCCAGGGA